AUUUUUUUUUCUUUCGGAUACGGUUCGAAUAUUAAUUUUUUUUUUCUUUCGGAUACGGUUCGCGAACAGGCUCGGCUGCGCCAAUAUGUUAGGGAUAAAUUAAAAGACAAAAGGACCGUCUCGGUUGAUGGUUAAAUUAAAACUCAACCCGAGUUCUUAAGACCAACCCGGAACUUCAUGAGCUUCCAAAAUGCAUUACUCAGCUUUGACCUGCUGAGUUGCAUUCUAAAAGUUUUCUUGACCCACUGAGCGUUGUGUCACAUUAAGGGCCAGUUGUACAAAUAUUUGAUCCGCGGAUCAGCAACUUUUAUCUCCUGAAAUCAGUGAUAUUGUUCCCGUUUAGCACCCGUGCAAGGUCCACAUAUGUAAAAAUAGCCAAAUCCAUGCUUGAACCGAAGUUGACCCGCAGAUAAUCCGCCGAAAUCGGUGGGUUAGAUUCCUGAUCCGAGGCUGAACCACGUUUGUACAACUGGCCCUAAGUGUGGCACAAAGUUGCUGCAAUUCAUUAUUUAAUUAUAAAUAUAUCUCUGAGUGAUGUAAUAUGGAGCACAACAGGUAAACAAAAGCAAGUUACAUUUGUUUAAUUUAAAUUAAUUAAUUUGACAAGAUAAUGAAAUGAAGAAAAACAUAUUAGAAUAAAAUUAAAUUAAAUACAGAAAAAAAAGAAAAAUUAAAUAAAACUUAAUGCUAGAUACAAGAAAUUGAAUAAAUUAAAUUAAGUUAAAAACACUUGUAUUUAAGAAAAAAAAAAAAAUAUUUAAAUUGGAUAAAUCAUUAAUCCUUUCGGACCCAGCGUUACCCUCAUGUAACAUAUUUUUAAAAAAUCGUAAAAAAUAUUCCAUUAAUUAUUUUUUUAGGUUUCGAUGGCUAAUCGAAAGAUAAUAAUGGCUAGUUACUGGAUUAUUACAAAAUGUUAGUCAAAUAUCAUACCUUUCAUUUUUUUAAUAGAAAAAGGGAAUGAAAUUCACAAUUUUUUUUUUUGCAAAAAUUUGUUUAUUUAUACUAUAUCGUCAUAAUUUUGAAAAAAGAUAUAAAGAAUGUUAAUCCAGAAAGUGUUUUGUUUUUUUGGCUUAGAAAAAGUAGCAUACAUCAUUGUUCUAUAAAAAAAUAUUUUCCCAGUUGUCGGACUUUUUUUGGUGGUCGUAGGCAGUACAUGUUACUUACAUGUAACAAGAGAGUAACACAUUAGUUUUGCUAUUUAUUAUUUUGGAAAAUAACUUUUUGCUUUUCAUGUUUCUUAGUUGUGAUGUUUUUGACACGAUGAUAAUGAAAAAAUAUUUUUUAAUAUUGAUUUUCAUAGCUUGGGUCCGAAAGGGUUAAGUUUGAAUUCGCAAUCAUCAAAUUAUUUAGAGUUUCUGGGUUCAACCUCGAUCGUUUUUCUGUAAUUAUAUUUCCAGCCUGCUCGUUUUGAUGCUGCUGAUGUUGCGGGAAUACAAUUCAAGAUUUUAUGAGCUUCAUAAAGGUUUUUGAAUUGGGCUUUAUUUUCACACCACCAUUGAAGAAUAUCCACAGGGCCUUUCGAAUUAAACUGAAUGUAUCUUUCUAUUUCAAUAUCAAUAGAACUGACGCUCACUUGUUAAUGUUUUAUUAAGUAAAUUGCACGCACCAGACUCUUACUAAUUUCUUGCAUUCUUCAAAAAAAAGUUUCAUCUGAGGUGUUUCAGAACUCGCAUGUCUUUCACGUUUACAUGUCCUCCGUAUUUAGCACCGAUUUUUAUACACUCUUUAACAAAUGCCUGCAUUCCAGAGCCUUCUACAGUAGAAAACGGUCUAAUAUCUUCAAUACACAGCUUCACGGACACAUCAAAAACUGCUUUGUUAUAAAAUUUUUCAUCACUUUUUUGCACGAUGUGCAUGCCACAAAGUUUGGUAUAGUAUCACCGUUUUGAUUUUUUAUUUCGUCCCCCACACCUUACUUCGGCAGUUUCUUUUGUCACAAAUAGAAAAUAUAUUAUUAUUUAUUAUUAAGAUUUAAGCUAAUACUUUCUUCUUCCAUUGUUUUUUAUAAAACUAUUACUUUUUUAAAUGAAAUUUCUGAUUUCAUUUACUAUUACUAUUUAAAUAUUGUUCUCACAAGAAAUCAGCUUUUGAACUAAAAUAUUUCAUUUAUAACUUUCCCUUUAACCCUUUAACGAUCAUUUCGAGUAAAGCCUAGUGUUUAUGAACAGUCGAUCUGCUUACUAGUAAUUUUGUUCGUGGGUAUUGAGGAUCGAGUAUACUCAUGAGUUCAAACAAUUUGUAUGGUUUUGUUUGUGAGUAUUUUUGUUUAUGAGUAAGAUGAUUUACGAGUAUAGAGAGAAAACGAACGAUUAUUUUAAAAAAUUGAAAUUGUUCGAACAGGUUCGAACAUGCUCAUUUGGAUCUCUUAUACCUACAUACUUUCUUCAAAUGCAUUCACAAUUCUUUUGCAUACCUACACACAAUUACUCAAUCCCGCCAUCCAAGGAAACAAAAACAAAACUGUAGUGUAUGUGGGUGCAGAUGUUAUCACGCACCUGCAUAUCUGAUCGUGUUUGAUAACGAUCAUCAUCACCAUCUCGAGCACACGCGCUUGCACACGAGAUAAGACGAGAGAGUCAGUCGUUGGUUGAUUCUCGGAGUGUGCGGGUGCGUGGUGUUGGCGAGCCGGUGAAUACUACAAGUGGCGACGAGGAUAAAAAUAAUUAAAUAAAAAAAUAAAAUAAUUAAACGUGAGUGAUAUUAGAAUAAAAAAAAAAAAAAAUUAUUAAUAAUAAUAAAUUUAAACGUUAUUAAAUAAAUUAGUGAAAACAGUUAAAGCAUGGGUUGUAUUAUUUGGUGUUAUCACCUUUAUUAAAAAAAAAAAAGUUCUUUGGAAAAAUUAUGUGUGAAAAUAGUUUAUUUCCUAAAGCAUGAGUUGUGUUGUUUCGGUGUGAUCACCUUUAUUAAAUUAAAAAAAAAAAAAAAAGAAAAGAAACAAAAAAGUUGUUUGGAAAAAUUGUGUAGAUGGUUAAAUAACCAAAUGCUUGGCAUUAAAACAGCCUUCAUUUAAUUGAAAAAUAUUACAAAAAUAAAUGUUUUGUUUAGCAUGGUUCUUUUGUAGAAAUUUUCCUUCAUUAGAUUGAAAAUGUUUGGCAUAAUAAAUUUAAUUUGGUUUGUAGAACCUACAUUUGAUUGUUAAUGUGCUAAUAAAAAAAAGAGUAAGUAUGGUCCUUUUUUAAAGAUUAGCUUCAUUAAAUUGAAAAUGAUUGUCACUGUAUAAAUUUGGCCUCUGAAACCUACAUUUAAUUGUUAAUACAAAUAAAAAUAAUAACUACAUUGGCACGCCACAGGCUCAAUAUGCCUUGUUCCUGCCUUCAUUCAAUUGUAAACAAGAAUGAUUCCAAAUUGUGGACUAACAACAAUUAUAUAUGUAGGUAAUGUGUGAAUGUUUAAGAGUACUUAGCACUAAAACCGGUUUUGGAAUGACAAAUGGGUAGAUUAGAGAAUGAGAAUGAAUAAUGGUUAUGGGAAAUAAUAAAACCUGUUUUGCGAAAACAAAAGACUUGUCAUUUUUUUUUCCAGUGUCUCCCACUAUUUCCAUCUGGAAAUGGCAAACACGUUACCGAAUUUGGAAGUGUUCUCCUUGGAAGGAGAAUCCACAUCAGUGGGGUUGAGGUGGGAGAAAUGGAAGAGAGCCUUUAAAAUUUAUCUCGAGGCAGCAUCCAUAGACUCUUCUACUAAAAAGAGAGCAACACUGCUACAUUUCGGGGGAUUAGAGCUCCAAGAGAUUUUCUACAAUCUUCCAGGAGCAAAUGUUGAAAGCUCAAAUGAUAACGACGUAUUUUUAAUUGCAAUAGAGAAACUCGACGAAUACUUUUCUCCCAAGCAAAGUAAGGUCUACGAGAGACAUAUAUUUAGAUUGUUGAAACAAGAGGGAGAAAUUUGAAAAAUUUUUGUUAAGGUUAAGAAAUCAGGCGCGAAAAUGCGAAUUUACUGACUUAGACAACAACUUGAUCGAUCAAAUAACUGAAAAAUGCGUCUCGGACGACCUUCGAAAGAAAAUAUUAACCACUGGGGACAGCAUCACUUUGGAUAAAAUAUUGAUGGAAGCAAAUACACAAGAGGCUGUUGAUCAUCAGCUAGAAGGCUAUGGUAACAAACCUAGAACAAAAGUCGUCAGCGAGAUUUCAAAUAAAAAAAAUUAUGGAUCUGUCAAGCGUGAAAAAAAACGAUGGUAUAAAAACAAAAAGCUUUUUUUCUGGUUCAUGUGGUAGGUGUGGAAAUAAAAGGCAUUCCUCUCACGAUACAAAGUGUCCAGCUAGGGACACACUUGUGGUCGAAUUGGUCAUUUUCGGCAGUAUUGCAAAACACAAAAACGUGUUUCAAAUAAUUCUCAUAAACAAGAUGACGGUCCUAGCCAGAAAAGAUUCAAAAGAAAACCUGAUCAGAUAGAUUGUGUUGAAGAUGAUAAAAAUGAAAUAGAUUAUGUUUUCCACAUUGACGAUGACGCUACUGUUGACUGCCUUAUAGGGGGGAUCAGGACGAAAUUGCUUGUAGAUUCGGGGUGUAAGUUUAAUCUGUUAACGGAUAAAUCAUGGGAGACUUUGAAGAAGAAGAAAAUCAUGGUAUACAAUCAAAAUAAAAACCCUAACAAAACGUUCUUGGCAUACGGCAGUCAAAAUCCUUUAGAUUUAAUUGGAUCUUUUGAGGCAGAGAUAGAAGCUGAUGGAAAAAUAUUAAAAGCUACGUUUUAUGUUAUUAAAGGGGGAACAAAAGAUCUGCUAGGAAAAAUAACUGCUAUUUCUUUGGGUGUUUUAAAGAUAGGAUUCGGAAUCAAUCAAAUUACAACUACGAAAGCUUUUACAAAGUUUAAAGGGGUUCUUAUAAAUAUCCCAAUUGAUGACUCAGUACACCCUGUCUCCCAACCGUGUAGGAGAAUUCCUAUUCCAUUGGAAUCUUUGGUAGAGAACAAAUUAGAAGAACUGUUAGAAUCUGAUAUUAUCGAAAAAGUUCACGAACCAUCAAAAUGGGUUUCUCCAAUUGUUCCAAUUCUUAAAAAAAAUGGAGAACUGCGACUUUGUGUGGACAUGAGAAGGGCUAACGCCGCAAUCAUGAGAGAAAAUCACCCUCUGCCCACAAUGACUCAAAUGCUGCCUAAGUUUCGAAAAGCUUGUGUGUUUAGCAAGUUGGAUAUCAAAAACGCCUUUCACCAAUUAGAAAUUCACCCAAAGUCCAGAUAUAUAACAACCUUUAUAACAAUGAAAGGGUUGUUUCGUUAUAAGAGACUUAUGUUUGGCAUAAAUUGUGCCCCUGAAAUUUUUCAGAAAACCUUAGAAAGAAUAUUAGUCGGAUGUGAGGGGGUAAUCAAUUUUAUAGAUGACAUUCUCAUAUUUGGAGAUAGUGAAGACCAGCAUGAUAUACGACUGCAACAUGUGCUUAAAAUCCUUAAAGAUAAUGAGGUGUUAUUAAAUGAAGAAAAAUGUAUUUUCAAGGUCAAAAAUAUUCAGUUUUUGGGUCAUGAACUCACACCACAGGGUGUUAAGCCUCAAAACAAAUACGUUGAUAGCAUCAAACAGUUUAGAAUCCCGAAAAAACUGGAGGAGCUUAAGAGCUUCUUAGGUCUUGUAAACUACAUAGGUAAGUGGAUACCGAAGCUUGCAACUUUGACCGAACCUUUGAAGAAACUAUUGAGGAACAAAUUGGGAAAAAAUACGGGUCUAGACAAAUUUUGGGGCAAAGAGCAAGAAACAGCAUUUUCACAUCUAAAAACCACUUUGAGUAAAAUUCAGUCGUUAGGUUAUUAUGACGUGGAAGACAAAACACAAGUCAUCGCAGAUGCUAGCCCAGUUGGAAUAGGUGCUGUUUUAAUACAAAUCAAUUCAAAGGGUCCAAAAGUUAUCGCCUAUGGAAAUCGAACGUUAUCAGACUGUGAGCGUAGAUACAGCCAAACAGAAAAAGAGGCCCUUGCGUUGGUUUGGGCCGUGGAACAUUUCGAUAUUUACCUCUUUGGGAAGGAGUUUGACCUUAUCACUGAUCACAAGCCACUGGAAGUGAUUUUUGGACCCAAAUCGAAGCCAUGUGCGCGCAUCGAAAGAUGGGUUUUACGGCUGCAAGCAUAUGUGUUCAAAACAAUCUACAGGCCAGGCAAAACGAAUAUUGCUGACCCUCUUUCUCGUUUGUGCGUUUACUCUAAUUCUAUACCAUCCGGAGGAGAUUCUCAUGUUCACCAUAUAGUUGAGCAUUCGCGACCACUUGCGAUUUCGUUAAAUGAGAUAAGAAAGAUUUCCAACAGUGAUUCCGAGAUUCAAUUAGUAAGAAAAGGAAUUUAUGAUAAGCAAUGGGUCGAUUCAGUUAAAGCAUACAAAAUUUUUGAAAAUGAAUUGUGUUUCUACGAGGAAAUACUUCUAAGAGGGAAUAAAAUCGUCGUUCCAAUGAAUCUGAGAAAAGACGUUCUGAGUGCAGCCCAUGAAGGUCAUCCGGGGAUAGUAGGGAUGAAAGGCCGUUUAAGAUCUAAAGUUUGGUGGCCCCGUAUCGACAAAGACGUAGAAAAUCUAGUGAAGUCGUGUAAAGGAUGUACUUUAGUGGGAUUGCCAAACAACCCCUUUCCCCUUAAAAGAAGGGAACUCCCUACUGCACCGUGGGUCGAUUUAGCUGUAGAUUUCUUGGGACCUCUUCCUAGUGGAGAAUAUUUAUUUGUGUUAAUAGAUUACUACAGCCGUUACAAAGAAGUAAAGAUUUGCAGAAUAAUAACUAGCGCUCAAACAAUAAAAAUGUUGAAAGAAAUUUUCAGUCGAUUAGGCUUUCCCAUGUCUAUUACCGCUGACAAUGGCAGACAGUUUAUCAGCCAAGAAUUCAAGUCCUAUUGCGCUGAAUGUAAUAUAAAGUUAUAUAACACGAUUCCGUAUUGGCCGCAACAAAACGGGGAAGUCGAAAGACAAAAUCGAGAUAUUCUGAAACGAUUACGAAUCUGCAAAAUCGAGGGAAAAGACAUGAAAGACAGUUUAUACGAGUAUCUUAUGAUGUAUAACAGCACACCUCAUUCCACUACAGGAAGUUCGCCAUCUGAGCUCUUCUUUAAGAGACAGAAUAGAGAUAAAAUUCCGUCAAUAGAAGCAAUAAACAGCGAAAUGAUAGAUUUAGAGAUAAGAGACAUGGAUAAAACUAACAAAGAUAAAGGCAAGGAAUACACUGAUAGAAAAAGAAAGGCUUCUGAAAAUAUAAUUUCUCAUGGUGAUAAGGUCUAUGUAAAGAACAUGGAAAAACCAAACAAACUUUGCGCAAACUUCAACUCGACACCGCAUACUGUAGAAGCUUCAAAAGGAGGAGAUGUUAUGGUGAGAAAUGAUAAAACAGGUCAAGUUUUUAGGAAAAACGUUGUUCAUUUGAAAAAAGUAGAAGGUCAAUGGACAGUUCAAAAUAAUGGAAGCCAGAACAUAGAUGAUGAUUCUGAAAAAAUUCCAUCGUAAUUUCUUAACUAUCUAUUAAAUCUAAUCUGUUGUUUUUCAUGAAAUCUAUAUUUAAAUUUCGAAGAAGAUUAAUGUUUUUGUUAAGAGAAGUUUGUUAUUGUUAAUUUUUUUUAAUUUCCAUCAAUUAAAAACAUAUGAAAUAAUAAAAAAAAAGGAAAUGAGUAAGCUAAUUAAAUGAAGGAAUGUUCAAAUCGUUUAUAAUUGAAAUAAAUUAAAUUGAUUAUAACAUGUAUCCAUAAGUUUAUUAAGUUUUUAUAAAAUAAGGAAGAGAUGUAGUGUAUGUGGGUGCAGAUGUUAUCACGCACCUGCAUAUCUGAUCGUGUUUGAUAACGAUCAUCAUCACCAUCUCGAGCACACGCGCAUGCACACGAGAUAAGACGAGAGAGUCAGUCGUUGGUUGAUUCUCGGAGUGUGCGGGUGCGUGGUGUUGGCGAGCCGGUGAAUACUACAAAAACUAAAUUGCAAAAAAAAAAAAAACAAACAAAAACCAAAAACCAACCCAAAUACAUAUGUACAAGUACAUAUUCCUUAGGCCCAUUUCACACAUAACCGAGACCGGCUUUCCGGCCCGGAUACACGGUUUUGUCAAAAAAUGAGUAUGCUUUCACACACAUCCGGCAGCCAGUCUACUGCAGCUGCUUCGACUUGGUCUGAAUGCAUUUCUUAAGUCUUCACUUUUUUUAAUAGGUAAAUGCUAUCCAUAAACCUACAUAAGUAAAGCUUUUUUGUUGUAAAUUAGAACCUAAUUAAAAUUUAUUAUUUUUUAAAAGAAAGCGCACUUUUUUUAUUGAUUUCAAAAACUUUUCUCAUUUUUAUAUUAUAUUUUUUGUGCAAGGUAUAUAAGGUACCUAUACCUACUUGUAUCUUUUGAAACACAAAAAAAUCCAUAGAAGAACGAUUAAGCAACGAAGAAAUAUGUAUAGUUAACUUAAUGUCUCGGGGAGAGUAGGGGAGAGGGGGGCACAUUUGAACACUUUUUGCUUUCGAAGCUGCUUGAACGAAAUAUGUUCGAUUUCUUGAUCUGUAAAGUUUACUAACAUUGAACAGUAACAUUGAACUUCGAUUUCAAAGAACAUUUGGUUAGUAAAACAAAUUAUUUAUAUUGAAUUUUGAUGUUUUAAAGAUAUAGGCUCUUAUGUUCAAAAGUGCCCCAUGUAUGGGGCAGUUUUGAACAUGGAAGGGGCACUUUUGAACAGCAGUAUUAGUUUCGUUGUAAUGAAUAAAUAAUACUUAACUUUUUAUUCGUUUUUUAAUAAGAACAUACAAAAACUCCAAAUUGAUUAUUAUAUCAUAUCCAACUAACCAACAAAUAAUAAAAACUCAGAAAAAAUAACGUGUAUACUAUGUAUACUAUAGUUAUCAGUUUAUCACAUUUAUAAGUUCAAAAGAAAAACAAAAACCAAGAAAAAUUCAUUCAAAAUAUAUCCCAACUAGCACAACAGCUUCUAUAAAUUGAGAUCUCGCAGGUACUACUUUUUAUACAGCUUGUAUUGAGCUUGCUUCGGAAUUUACUUGCUUAUAGAAGUUCGAACUUGUUUAACAACUUCUAAUAAGUUGUUUAAAUACUGUUAAAGAAACUUAAACGAAAAAAGCUUGUUUUCGGAAAAGCCUGCUUAAUGAAUUUAUAGAAGCUUUACAGAAAUUACCAAGUUUAGUAUUUGGUUUUUGGUUUUGAUAUUGAAUAAUCUAGCUGGGACACUUUUUGGUUUUGACAUUGAAUAAUUUAGCUCGGGCAUUUUUUGUUUUGACAUUUCUGCUAUUUGAACUGAAUAAGUUCUUGACUUCAUUAAUGAAUAUACUAGGAUGGCCGAGUGGGUUGAGUGGCGGACUGCCACCAAGUAGGUACGAAGUUCGAUUCCUGGGUUUGGUAAAAAAAUUAUAUACUUUUAAAAUUAUUAUCAAUAGAUAUACUAAAAACUAAUGGAAUAAUAUAUAGAAUUUCAGGUCAAAAGAUAAAAUUCAUGAUUUAAAAUCAAAUAAAAACCAGUUUUUGUUUUUGUAGUUGUUUUUUUUUUUUUUAUUUCGAUAAGAUAUGUAUUAAAGAGCUAUACAUGCUCUUCCGAAACUAUCUGUCAAAUCUCAAAGCUUCGGUAAAGCUUCGUUUAAACUUCUUAUAGAAGAUCAAACUUGUUUAACGUUCUCCUUUUUCCAUGCCCAACAACCUUACUAAAAUUUAAAAGAAGCUGAAAUGUAGCUUUUGUAAUACUUUAACCGAAGCUGAAAUGUUAGUUGGGAUCUUAGAAAAAUGGUAUUCAUACCAUUUAUGCUUCUCAGAGUAAAAUAGAUUUAUUUUGCGAUCUAAAUCGCACUUAGAUUUAAAUAUUAAAUCUAGUGGUUAACAAAGCGGAUGUUCUUCAUGUACCAGGAGCAUUAAUUGGUGUAGGUAGCUUGACUUUAAUUUCUAUAACGCUUAAGCGGUAUAUAAUCGAGUUCUCAUCGAGAAAAGUCUAGCAGAACUUGAAGAAUUCAGGCAUUUUUUUAAAUCUUCAAUUAUGUUGUACAUAUUCCCAUUUUUUCUUUAAUUUUGGCCACAAAUGCUAGUUUCAUUAUUUUUUUUUAUAAGAACAUUACGAUUUAUUAAAUAAAACACAUUCGAGUUUCCUUAAAAUGUCUGAUACAAAUUGCUCGGGGCAGUUUUGAACAUGUUCAAAAGUGUCCCACAUUCUUGUUCAAAACUGCCCCAACUGUGUCAACGACAUAAAAUGUUGAAUAAAUAUUUAACAUUAAUAUAUUCAUUCAAAAAUUCACCGUCAAUUAGUUUAAAAUUCAUUAACCAUUAACAAAAAUUGUAUCGCGUUUUGAAAUCACGUACCAAUUUUUUUUAAACUCUUGCAACUAAAAAACUGAAAUAAUGCAAAACCACUAUAAAAAUCACCUUCCACCUAUAAAUCUGAAAGUCAGCCGAAAUAACGAUAGAACGUCAUUGACAUUUAUGGAUAUGGUGUUGACGGGUUCAAAUAUCGAAAUACUUCUAAAAAAGAUUGAUAUACUAAAAUUUUAUAUGCAGUGUUCAAAUGUGCCCCGUGUUCAAAACUGCCCCACUCUCCCCUACGAUAACUUAGGCGGCAAGAAUUGAUAACGGUAUUUUGUAGAAAAGUUCAAUACUAUCAUUUUUUACUUUGUGAGGGAGGGGUCUAUCUCCCCCCUUUUAGGCGGGAGGGGCAAUUUUCCUAAAUAUGACGUAAAAUAAAAAAAAAUUAUUAAAAAAACAACGGCAACACGUACAGUUAUGGAUGAUGCCUUUUUUUAAAUCAAAUUAUUUCAAUUGACUGUUCCCGAAACAAUCAAUUUCAAAAUUAAAAUUGCGGGAAAAAAUUUUAAAAAAAACGCAUUAAAUACUAUUUUUACCAAGACUGUGAAUUUAAAUAUGAAAUUUAAAUUGAAAUAAAAAGCAUAAAUUCUAAUAGAUCCUCGUUUGCCUUUUUUACAGAAAAGGAAAACAAAUUACCUAAAUCGUACACAUACGAAUGUACGUACACACUUCAAAAUAAAUUUCUAUUUACCUACCCUCGAAAGUUUUAUAAGAAAAAAUAUAUGAAGGUAGGUUUUCAUUUGCUUCUAUUCAACUUAGGUACUUCUCGGUCCUUCGCAUUUAAGAAAUGUAUACAAAAUAACUGUCUCUUUCCCACUCAUGAAAAGAACUUUUUUUUAAUGUUGCGAAGGAUUUCUGCUUUAUUAUGACUUGGACCUAUUGAUAAUUUGAGGGUUGAAAUUCAUUUUGACACAAUUUUGCUCUUAUAGGUACUCUUGUCACAUAUAAAAUUGUUCUUAUUUUAAUUAUUAUUUUGAAUCAUGUGAUCAGUAUCCAGAAUAAUAAAAGAAAAAAAAAUUAUUCAUACAUUCUCGCAGACAAAUGUAUUUUUUUUUUCUUUUCCUUAUUCGUAUCAAAAUGUAACUACCAUCUCGCUCCCUCCCAUUACAUAACUACAUCUAUAAAAAUCAACCCUCUCUUUUCUACACAGUCAUCGAAAUUUUUUAAAAUGUUUUUCAACAAUUUAAUUCUUGAAUACAUGUUUUGGACCCAUGGGUAAAAUUUGAUGGUAGAAGUUUUUAAGCACAGAAAUUUGUUCUACGUGCGACAUCCUUACAAGUUAUAUGAUCUUUGAUAUUACCUUCUAUAAGUGUACUGUGCAAAUUGUAAGGUCGCCGUUUUGAUAUUUGCACAGAAACACCCUAUUUUCAAAAAAAAAAUCUGUACUUUGUUUUACAAGAAAACAAAUAAAAUUCAAAGACGGUAGUAGCACGUUUAUCCGGGCGAGAGAAUUUGUUUGGUUUCCAAGGUAAUCGUUUUUGAAAAUAAACAAACUAGAAAAUUUUCAUCGAAAAUUUUCAGUUUGGGAUUUCAGUUUUGGAUUUAAGUUUGGAUUGGAGUUUUGAUUUGAGUUUGAAGAUACUCACAAGUUUUGUUUGAAAUUUAUUUUUAAAAAAACUAAAUACUAAAAAAAUACUAGAAAAAUAAAUAGAUAUUGAAAAAUAAAAGGAAGGAAAAGAAGAAAACAAUAAAACAAUCAAUUAAAAGUUCAGGAGGUACCUAUAUAAUUUAAUAAUACGUAAUAUAAAAAUAAAAAUUAAAUUCAGACCAUCUCAUCGUACCUACCGGAUUCUUAAAAGAAAAAAAGAAAUCGAAAAGAAAGAAAAGGAAAAACAGCAAGAAAAAAAAAAGUAUAAAAAAAAGGAUUGUAUUCCAUUCCGGAUAAAAUAAUACAUAUAUGUUAGAGUGUCCCAGCCUAUAAGGGCGAAUUUUUUUUUUUCGUUUUUGAAUACGCAUACCCUUUAAUUUUUUUUAUAAUUGACCCUAAUAACUAAAAGAUAGAAUAUUAUAGAAAUCGGAUAACGAUAACACCAAUACGAUAUUAUUAUGAUACGGCGAAAUCAUCAAGUACUCACAUGUAUCAACGCAAGUCGCCACGGGUUGCUGUGGUCCUAGUUACAUGAAAUUUUAUUUAUACGUGUUUUAACACGAUUCAAAAAUAAUUAGAGGGUAUCAGGGUUCGGACUUCAGUUUCAAAAUUUCGAAGCAAAUUUGAAAAAAAAGUGAAGUAGAUCCAAAAUUUCGGAAGUAGAUUUCAACAUUAAACUUUCAGAACAUUUAUUUCCAAAAAUUUAUUCAAAAAAAAUUAUUUUUCAACAAAAUUAUUUUUCUUUACUUUUUUAUUAUGAUCUUUUCCAAAAGAUGUAACGGUGCUUAAGGGUAAAUUCAAAGACCAUAUAACAAGUAAAGAUGUCGCACGUAGAACAAAUCUCUGUGCUUGAAAAUUUCUACCAUCAGAUUUUACCCAUAGGUCCAAAACAUGUAUCCAAGAAUUAAAUUGUUGAGAAACAUUUUAAAAAUUUUCGAUGAGUGUGUAGAAAAGAGAGGGUUGAUUUUUAUAGAUGAAUUUAUUUAAUGGGAGAGAGCGAGAUGGUAGUUAAAUGUUGAUACGAAUAAGGAAAAGAAAAAAAAAUACAUACAAUUGUCUACGAGAAUGUAUGAAUUAUUUUUUUUUUCUUAAAUUAGGUAUUCAGGAAACUGAUAACGACACAUUAUUCAAAAUAAUAAUUUCAAUAAGAACAAUUUUAUAUGUGACAAGAGUAUAAGAGCUAAAUUGAGUGAAAAUGAAUUUCAACCUUCAAAUUGUCAAUAGGUCCAAAUCCAAAUCAUAAUAAAGCAGAAAUCCUUCGCAACAUCAAAAUGAGUUCUUAUCAUGAGUGGGAAAGAGAGAGUUAUUUUUAAUACAUUUGUUAAAUGCGAAGGACCGAGAUGUAAGUUGAAUAGAAGCAAAUGAAAACAAAAAAGAUCGUUUUUUGAAGUAAAUCUACUUCGAUCGAAGUAAAGUUCGAACCCUGGAGGGUAUGCGUUAAAAAAAAAACAACUAUAAUUUUUUUGGAACACUCUAUUAGAGUCAUUUACAUGUAAGUACUUGAUGAUUUCGCCGUAUCAUAAUAAUAUCGUAUUGGUGUUAUCGUUAUACGUUAUCCGAUUUCUAUAAUAUUCUAUAUUUUAGUUAUUAGGGUCAAUUAGAAAAAAAUUAAAGGGUAUGCGUAUUCAAAAACGAAAAAAAAAAAAUUCGCCCUUAUAGGCUGGGACACUCUAAUAUAUGUACAUAUUUCCAAUUAUAAUUACUUGCGGUGCAUUUCUUCAUACCCAUCUUUCAAGAUACUACGAUUUCCUACUUAAUUAUUUACCUAUACCUACCUAAUUUGUUCGCUAUAAACUGUUCCCGUUUUUAUUAUUGUUCCUGCUUCGGAUACCUAUCCAUGUUCUGUAUUCUUCAAUCAAAUCUAGUGUUGUGUUAAAUUAGAUAUCUAACUAUAAUUUUAAAAUAUUUUGCAUUAUGUUCUAGUUUUAUGUUUGUGUUUUCUUAAAUCUAAUAUCUACCCAUUUAAAUAAUUUUUCUAAUUUCCUAUUUUUCUAAUUUCCUAAUAUCCUAAUUUUACUUUUCUUUAAGUGUGUUUUUUUAUAUUUAAUGUGUUCAAUUAUUUCCUAACUUACAUACCUACUCUUUUAAAUUUUCAUUUACCUAUAUGUAAUUUCUUUUCUUUUUUUUGCUACAAACCUAGUAGCUAUAUUGUGAGAUUGUGACCUUCUCUAUUUCAUAAUUUCUUUCGCGUUCUCUGUUCAAUAUUUUUUUUUGUGUGUUGCUAUUUUUUUUUAAACCUUCCAAUCGUUGUGCUUAGAAUUCAUCGGGAAAUUCACUCGGGUUGUUGGUUUGUGUGUAUAUGUGUGUGGAUAUAGAAAAAAGGUAUACGAAUGUAUGUAAUUUUUUUUGUUUUGUUUUGUUUUGAUUAUUCACUUUCGUCUUUUUUUUUGAAUAACCCGAGGGCUUUGACCUAUGCUAUAGAUUUUAGUUUUUCUUUGUGUUUCAAUUUAAUUUUGUUUCUUUGAAACGUGGGGACAUUGACCUCAGAUUUUAAUUCCACUUUUGUGUCAGCUGAUUGACUAUUGGAAAUUCUAUUUAUUUUCAAAUACUUUUAAUUUCUAUGAAUUAAUUUUGCAAACAAAAUAUUGUUCAAUGCGGGAAGGAUAUUUAUGAAUGUAAAGCUAUAGGUUAAUAAUUAUAAUACAGAUAAGAAUUUUCUUCUUUGUCAAAUAAAAAUUUAAGAAUUUAAAAAAAAUUAAAAUCUGGAUUUGAAAGUUUUUAAUUUGUCUUGAAGCAAGAUAUAAGCUUAAUUUUAUUUUCAGUGGGGUGACUGGUGGCUGUGAAGCGAUGAGGUUCUUGAAGGGAUGAGACAUCGUUGGUAAAGGAGUUUUUCUUAUUUUCUUUUGUUUUAGGGGCUGUCAUAAAUAUAUUGAGCGCUUGACAGCCAUGGUGCUUUCAAUAUGUGCACCGAGUGCAUCGAAAGGACGAGUAGGCAUGAAAUUAACACGGAAGUGCGGCAUGGCAGGCCAAAGAACCCACCCCACAUCCGGCGAGCUUCAGCAAGCAAACAAGUAUGCCUGGCCUGGUCCUAGCCUACCGGAUACUCUUCUAUCCGCAUUUUUGUGUAGGAUCUGUACCUACAGGAUAGAAGAGUUAAUAAAAAUUUUAUACCGUUACAAACUGUUGAAUAUAUUGAACUACCUGAAUUUGAAUAUUUUAACUUCGCAAUGCUCUCACUGGAAAUAUUGUUCAUUUAGUUUUAAGCUUUUGCAUUAUAUUCAUUCAUUCUUAUAAUAAAAUCAGUUGCAGUGUAUUCUUUCUCAAAGUCGGUCGUUUUUAUUUCAAGGUUCGAUUUUCAACAGGUUAUGGGCCCAGGUUACGCGAGAAAAAUUUAAAGGUUAAAUUAAAGUCAUAAACAUUUUUUUUUUAUUUUAUAUUUUUUGGUACGCACUGGGAACCUUGUUAACAUUUUUUUUGAAAAGAUUUUAUAAUUGAUAAAAAAGGAAAUAAAAGCGACAGUCGGGAAUAAUGGAGAAAAAUGCGACCCAAUGGAAAAUCGAGCAACUGCAAACUGCUGAUCAGUACUCCGUUUGGAAAUUUCAAGCCACCAUUUUGUUGAAUGCAUCUUGGCUAUUUGAUUAUGUAGAUGGAACUUCAAGGGUUCCAAUCAAGACUCAAAACGAAACUCAAAUCGAUUUUGACAAGCGAAUUCUAGCUUGGAAAUGAUGUGAUAGCAAAUCUCAAUAGAUAAUUGCGACCAGCGCAGCGUCGGUUCUAUUCCACUUCGACACAUCGUUAAUUGUAAAACCGCGAUGGAAAUGUGGGUUAAACUUAAGUCGGUCUACGAACAGACUUCGAAGGCAAAUGUGCACAUGGGUUUGAGAAAGAUCCAGAUGACGAUGUUUCAUCGCAUAUAUCCAGGUUAGAGAACAUUGUUAGACAAUUAAGAGGCAUUGGUGAGGUGAUUACAGAAAAUAUGAUCAUUACAAAAGUUUUCCAAGUAACUUUAAUCAUUUUGUCCGUGCUUGGGAGUCAACCGCCAAGGACCAGCAAACCUUGGAAAAUCUUACGUCACGACUAGUCAUGGAGGAGACACUCAUGUCCAGUGUCGGACUGGCCAAUAAAUGACUUGGCGAUUGCCACCCGGGCACUCAGCUAACCCAUAGUUACAAAAUAAAAAUCCAUAAAGAACAUGUAAAAACAAGCACAAAUACAAAUUUCAAACAAAGAAAGGGGGCCGUUUAACAAAUGCAGUCCCUUACUCUAACUAUUUGAAAGUUAUACUAUGUAUAAUUAUAUAAGCAGUGAAAAGGUUUGGGGCCCCAGGGGGGUACAAUUUUGAAUACCCUUGUACCGGAGCAGUGUCCCGGGGCCCCAACGUACAUAUGGCAGGGCCCUCGUUAGAUUGUAUUUAUAGUCUAAGAUCCCGCCAUAUAACGACCUACCCUCAUCGUUAUACCAGUUGAGAGUUAUAUUUUCUGAAAGGUAGUGUCUAAGGAAAUAAAUUGCACAUGGGUUGCCUAGCGAUAUCCUGUCAAGGCAUAGGGUUGCCAGGGAUAUGGUUUUUCCGUAUUUUUCAAUACGCGACCCUGUUUAUAUGGCAAGCCAAAGAGUUAUAAAAAAAAUAUUAUGUCAUAGGAAAUUUAAUUUUAAAAUUUUAAUUUUCAGGAUUUUUUGAAAUUUGAACUUUGAGUAGGUAGGGUGAAUUUAGAAAAUGGCCAAAAAUCUAUUUUCUAAACAAAACGAGAUAGAAAUAAAAUUGAAAUUGGAAUCGAUAGAUAUUAUAAAAAUAUGAAAGGCACACAUACAAAUAAAAAAUGUAAAAAAUCUACAACUCGACAUAUAUAGUCUUUUUAAAGUCAUGACACUCCAAUUCGAUAUUUGAGAAAUAAUUCACCAAAAAUCAGAAUGAAAUUUUUUUUUAAUAAUUUUUAUUUGAUAAGUUAGAAAAAAUAAAACAACUUGACACGUAUCUGUCAAAUUUUUAAUUUAACUUACCGUUUUCGCGGAGGGAAUUUUUGAAAGAGUCCUUAUUUUCGUAUUUCAAUAUAUUAAUGGAAAAAAUCCCGCCAUAGGACGACCUAUCCACCUCGUUAUACUAGUUGAAAGCUAUAUAUUCCUAUGGGUAGUGUCUAAAGAAACAGUUUGCACAUGGGUUGCCUGGCAACAUCCUGUCAAGGCAUAGGGUUGCC